AUGUUAUUGCAACUCAUUGGAGGAACUGUGGCUUGUGUUCCUUCAAGGAAUCCAGAUCCUGGAACUACAACCACAAGUCCAAUAACUACCACUACCACUACUCCUAUUACCACCACUACAACAUCUACCAACACAGGUACGACUACCACAACCAUGACAACAACAACAACAACACUAAUCACAACAACCGUAUCUCCAUCGGAAUGUGGCACGGAACUCAUGCAAACGCUCACAAACUCAAACUUCGCUGAUGGUAACAUGACAUUUGUGUAUGACAACGACUCUUGUCGUCGAAUCGCUCAAAUCAUCUGCUCAGGUGAUCCUAUAUUCGAACUGAAUGCUGGAAUUGUUGUGAAUGAAGUAUUCUUCUUGGACUACAACUUAACUUCAGUCACCGUUGAAGGAAGGUGGAAUACAACAGAUGGUCAAUGGUAUGUAUCGGAAGAGCAGCCUCUAGCAGUUCAAACGUUAGAAUGCCUGUUAACAGAUCCUCCAUAA